CGCAAUACUACAAUCAUGUUUAAAAAGGAAAAAGUUGGCAUCGUUGGAAGUGGCCUAAUUGGGCGAUCAUGGGCUAUGUUGUUCGCAUCAGUAGGGUACCAAGUGACAAUCUACGAUGUGGUCCCACAGCAGGUGACGGACGCUUUGGUUGAUAUCGAGAAGCAGUUAAACGUUCUGGAGAAAGACGGUCUUCUGCGCGGGCAUUUGAAUGCUGAAAAACAAUUUCAGUGCAUCAAAGGUUCUUCGGAUCUUGUAACAGUGGUUAAAGAUGCUAUUUUCGUCCAGGAAUGUACUCCUGAGAGUCUAGAUAUGAAGAAAAAAGUAUUUCAAGGUUUGGAUCAAGUGGUUAAUGACAAAACUAUUUUGUCAAGUUCCACAAGCUGCAUUCUACCGUCAAAGUUUUCGGAUGGUCUAAAACAUAAGUCCCAGGUCAUCGUGUCUCACCCAGUGAAUCCGCCUUACUACGUACCUUUGGUAGAAAUCGUUCCUGCGCCAUGGACCAAACCCGAAGUGGCUAAGAAGACAAGAGAAAUAAUGUUGGAAAUAGGACAGGAACCCGUUUCUUUGUCUCGUGAAAUUGAUGGAUUCGUACUCAAUCGCAUUCAAUACUCAAUUCUCAACGAGGUUUGGCGAUUAGUAGAUGACAAAAUCGUGAAUGUAGAGGACGUCGAUAAAGUUAUUUCUGAAGGCCUUGGCAUGAGAUAUGCUUUCCUCGGAGCAUUUGAAACGGCCCAUCUUAAUGCUGAAGGCAUGCAGAAUUACAUUGAUCGGUAUGGCGAAACAAUCAAUCGUGUAAGCAAGACCAUGGGUGAAAUCCCGCAUAUGCCCACCAGCCCCGCCGCCAGCUCUAUCUGCGAUCAACUGAACCGUAUGGUACCUCUCGACCGACUACAGGAGCGCCGCGCUUGGAGAGAUGCCUGUCUUACACGUCUUUCAAUUCUCAAGAGGGAAAUGAAGGCCAAGAAGUAAUAGG